GUCGAAAAUCGAUUAAGUGCAACACGUCUAAAGUUAGUAAAGCUAAGACUGGCCAUGAACUUUGAAUAUCACAGAAUAUCACGUGCGUCACGAUAUAAAAGCACGUUAACUUAGGGCACUGAAAUUCGUCAAAUUUACACCAGUGACCUCGCUAAUCAGUUCACUUUGUGACGUAACAAAACUAUUUUAUUCCAUAUUCUCACGCAAUUUUCAACGGACUAUUGUAAAAAUGUCGAUGAACGCUGCCAGGGCAAUUCUAAAACAGGGGAAAAGCGUUCUACUAAUAUGCGAUGUUCAAGAAAGAUUCGCUAAAGUCAUGUACGAAUUUGAGAAUGUCACGAAAAACUCGGUAAAAUUGAUAAAUGCAUUACAACUUUUAAAUGUGCCCAUGAUCGUUUCUGAGCAAAAUCCAAAGGCUUUGGGCAAAACAAUUCCCCAAUUUGAUAUAUCUAAGGCUAUGGGACCAUUCGAGAAGACUCAAUUUAGCAUGUGUACUCCUGAAAUCAACAAAGCACUCUCUACUAUUUGUUCUGGUCAAAAACCAGAUUCAAUUAUUCUUAUUGGAUUGGAAACACAUGUAUGCGUAGAGAAUACGGCUAUUGACCUAAGACAAAGUGGAUAUGAAGUACAUACUGUAGCAGAUUGCUGUACUUCACGUACUCAAGAAGAUAGAUUACUGGCCUUGGAGAGGAUGAGAGAAAUAGGAUGUCAUAUAGCUACUUCAGAGAAUAUUAUUUUUAAAUUGCUGGCAGAUGCAAAACACAAGGAAUUUAAGAAUGUUCAAAGUUUGAUAAAGACUCCAACACAAUGUACAAAUCUAGUUCCUCUUGCAAAAAUAUAA